AUGCCAGACACAUCCCGCCCCGCCGCCAACAUCAGGAGGGUAACAUCGCCCACCUCUCCCGACUUUGAGGCGGCGUGUACUUCCCUCCCCCGUUCUUUUGGGGGUGACCACAUCAGCCACGCCAUCAACGGCGACGACCGCGAUUUGGAGGCGACUCGCCUGCGUGCCGCUAUCACUACCGCUGUGCUGGACUUGGAGUGCUAUGUGGCAGGAGAGGGCGUGCAGGCCGUCAUGCUGGUGAAGCCGCCGGGGAUUGCGCAUGGUGUUUCACCACACUCCAAGGGCCCACACGCCCAGGUCGUUGACGCCAUGAUCAAGGACGAUGCGUUGCGCGACGCCGCCAAGAAGCUCUUCUCCAUCUUCCACGAGGUUGAGGAACGCGCCUUCGGACCGCGCUGCGUCACCGACAUGUACUACAUCUCGCACUUGGGUGUGGAGGAGUCAGCUCGAGGCAAGGGGUUGGCGCGGGCGCUGAUUGCCCAUGUUGUCGACAGGGCGCGUGCCGAGGGUUUGCCAGUUUGUCUGCUCACCAUGACGGAGAAGAAUGAGGCUCUUUACCGCCACCUUGGGUUCACGUCGCACGCGUACCUCGAGGACGACAUCCGCGGGAUCCACACGCGGUGGUGGGCGAUGAAGACCGACUUGCCUGUGCCGGUUGUCAAGGCGUGA